AUGCCGGACGGAGAUGAGGUACCCCACCUGGUGGAUCUACAACAACCAGCUAAUGAAGCAGAACUCAGAAAUGGCGCCAAUAAUCAAUAUUGGCUUUACACCAGACGCAACCCCACUAAUCAUCAAUUGAUGAGGCACAACGACGCAAACUCUGUCCGAAACUCCUACUACAACUCACAUCUCCCUAUCAAAGUCAUCGUCCAUGGGUGGAACAGCAAAGGCUCAUCGAGCAUGAAUCCAAAGAUCCGUGAUGCUUUCUUUGCCAUUGACGACUUUAACGUCAUCGUCGUGGACUGGGGUAGAGCAGCUUCAGGUUUUUACACUACGUCAGUGCGGGCAGUGCCAAGUGUCGGUCAACAUCUGGGUCAUUUUCUGAAUUGGCUGAUCGGCAAUUUUGGUGGCAACUGGAGUAAUGUUCACCUUAUCGGAUUCAGUUUAGGAGCUCAUGUUGUUGGCAACGCUGGUCGGACUGUUGGUCGUCGUCCUGCUCGUAUCACCGGUUUAGACCCAGCUGGACCUCAGUGGGGUGGAAAUAGAAACGCUCUAAAUCGCAACGACGGCGUGUACGUUGAAACCAUUCACACUGAUGGAGGACUCUUGGGAAUUUUUGACCCAAUAGCUGAUGCUGACUUUUACCCCAACGGUGGAAGAAAUUCACAACCUGGUUGUUGGAACAGCGUGUGUUCGCACGGUCGUGCGCACGGGCUUUUCGCUGCGAGUAUAAGAUAUGACCAUUUCAUUGGAAGACAAUGCUCAAACCUUAACGAGGCUAGAAACAACCGCUGUAACGGUCGGCAUCAUAGAAUGGGCAAUGCGUAUUUGGACAAACGCGGGUAUGGACUCUUUGGCUUGUCAACUGGAGAUAGACAUAACAAUAAAUACAAGAAGUUGACUUCCUUGAAUACUGUCUUUCUCGCAGACAUGAAGCUGUUCGUAGCGUUAUCUGUCUUGGUGGCCCUCGCGAACGGUGUUACUGUACCAAGUACCCCAGGAGAUAAUAGUCACUACGUGGAAGGUGUAAGCCGGUACAUAUGGAUGCCAGACGGAGAUGGUGUGCCCCACCUGGUGGAUCUUCAGGAACCAGCUAAUGAAGCUGAACUCAGAAAUGGCGCUAACAACCAAUACUGGCUUUACACUAGACGCAACCCCACUAAUCACCAAUUGCUGAGACACAACGACGCAAACUCCGUCCGGAAUUCCAACUACAAUGCACGGCUCCACACAAAAGUCAUCGUCCAUGGAUGGAACAGCAAAGGCUCAUCAGGCAUGAAUCCAAUGAUUCGUGACGCGUUCCUAGCAAUUGGCGACUUCAAUGUCAUCGUCGUGGACUGGGGCAGAGCUGCUUCAGGCAUUUACUCUACGUCAGUGCGGGCAGUGCCAGGUGUCGGUCAACACCUAGGCAAUUUCCUGAAUUGGCUGAUCGGCAAUUUUGGUGGGAACUGGAAUAAUGUUCAUCUUAUCGGCUUCAGUUUAGGAGCUCAUGUUGUUGGAAACGCAGGCCGGACUGUUGGUCGUCGUCCUGCUCGUAUUACGGGUCUAGACCCAGCUGGUCCACAGUGGGGUGGAAAUGGAAACGCUCUAAAUCGCAACGACGGUGUGUACGUGGAAACUAUUCACACCGAUGGAGGACUCUUGGGUAUUUUCGACCCCAUAGCUGAUGCUGAUUUUUACCCCAACGGUGGAAGAAACUCUCAACCUGGUUGUAUGACCAGCGUGUGUUCACACAGCCGUGCGUACGAGCUUUUCGCUGCGAGCAUAAGAUACGACCGCUUCGUUGGAAGACAAUGCUCAAACCUUAACGAGGCUAGAAACAACCGCUGUAACGGUGGGCAACAUAGAAUGGGCAAUGCGUAUUUGGGCAAACGCGGGCGUGGACUCUUUGGCUUGGCAACUGGAGGUAACUGGCCGUUUUAA